UAGUAUAGACGUGUGUAGAGAAAAAAGUGAGGCAGAAGGAGCACCGAGCGGAAAGCAGACCGUGUAUAAGAGGCGCCCUGGUACGCCAUCGGACGGCGUCUAUAGGGCGUAAGGGAAGGUGUCCCCUUCUCUCGAGGCCUCAAUUUUUUUCUCCGUUGCUGUUGCACACCUUCGGAUUUCCAAAGUUUUUAAACCCAUCGAACCAAAACAAGUUCAUAUCAUCACCGACUAAUUACAACAAUUACGAUGACUGCGAGAAUGAGAAUUUUUUCGAGAUGAGCGGUAAUCGCGUUUGUGUCAUGUGACUGGUGAUCGUGCUCAAACCGUUGUGUGGUGGUUAAAACGUGUGCGGCUGAGUGCGUGAGUGCGAACAGGCUUAUCCAUCGACCGCUGUCCUUCUACACAAGGCAUUCAUGAGGGGGAGCUUUUCUCUUCUCCCGGUCUCUUUCUCUCUCUCUCUCUUUUUAAAUACUCACGCAACUCACCGUGAGGAUUGUUCGACCUUCGUCCAGUGCCAAUACGCAUAAACAACGUUCCCGAUAAGCGGUCGACUGAGCGCACGCUGAUUUUGACUUCGUCCCUGUAAAAUUGUGUGGAUCAGAGGAGCCGAAUGUCGUCGGGCGAGUCGAACGAAUCCCGUCGCUAAGAGGAACCGAGCGAGCGCAGGAGGGGAGAGAAGGCAACGAGAGAAAGUGAAAAUCCGCCGAAUCGUAGAAACGGCAUGGGACUGCCUCGUUUGUCACUGAAGAGAUGCUUCCUCUACGUGUUUUGCAUAACGGGCUUGUUCCUGGUGGUGAUGAACGUACGUCAGAAGGAGAUAUGGCACGCCCUGAAGUCGGAGACCGGUGGCUCGCAGUCGGCGAGGCUUGUACCGGAAAGUACGAAGAUGAUCAAAGUUACGUUGCCCCCGAAACCAAAAGCGAAGAGGCCCGUGAUUCUUACUCGAUUCAGGGAGCACGAGCAGCAAAAAAUCACGUACGAGCUAUCGAACGGCACGGCAACGAUAAACUCGUUGGAGGCCAUUCCCGAUAUCACGGAUCCUUCCAAGAGGCCUUGGUACAUGAAAGGUGGAACGAGGCGACCACAUCCGGCGGUAAGAUCUCGCCGGACCGGAAAGAGAAUCGCGAUGCUCUGGCCCGAUGAGGAUCGCUACGAUGAUCGAAUCACCAAUCAGCUUAUGUUCAUACCGCCCGACUACAACAGAACCGCAGCUGAGUAUCGACCAAAAAGAAUAAUGGUACCCCAUGGUAUGGGGGAUGCGAAAACGGGCUCUGAGAUUUUUCACCAACUUCGUUGUCCCGUAAACACUUGUACUAUUACGCGUGACAAUCCGGAAUCAGCUGACUUGAUAUUGUUCAAGGAUUAUGUGACCCACACCGGCCAUCGACCGCCCAAUCAGAUAUGGAUGCUGUAUUUUUUGGAGUGCCCUUAUCACACGCAAAGCGUUAAAAAUGCUCUCGUCAAUUGGACAGCGACGUAUCGACGCGACAGCGAUAUCGUUGCGCCUUACGAACGAUGGCAGUAUUACGAUCCGAGGGUCAUACAAAUUCCUCAGACUUUCAACUACGCCGCAAAUAAGACAAAAAAGGUAGCGUGGUUCGUCUCAAACUGUCGUCCUCGCAAUCAACGAUUGCAUUAUGCUCGUGAGCUUGCAAAGCACAUUCAGGUCGAUAUUUACGGCGCUUGCGGGAGUCUCCGUUGUUCCAGAUCCCAAGCUCAAACGUGUUUCGAGAUGCUGGACGACGAUUACAAAUUUUAUUUAGCUUUUGAAAAUUCAAACUGCCGGGAUUAUAUAACGGAAAAGUUUUUCGUAAAUGGUCUUGGACACAACGUUUUGCCGAUCGUGAUGGGUGCUCAUCCAACUGAUUACGCAAAAAGUGCACCUUAUCGGUCUUACAUACACGUCGACGAGUUCGAGUCGCCUCGAGAGUUGGCGGAGUAUCUUCAUCGUUUGGACAACGACGACGAGCUCUACAAUUCUUAUUUCAAGUGGAAGGGCACAGGUGAAUUUAUCAACACGUAUUUUUGGUGUCGCGUUUGUGCGAUGCUUCACGACGAAAAACCGCCGAAGUAUUACAAGGAUGUUAACGAAUGGUGGCGCGGCGACGACGUCUGUACUUUGAAUUCGUGGCGUAAGCACGAGAGUAAGGAGAUCGAUUAUCAGAGAACUUGAAAAGCCUGAAUCACCGAUUCAAUUCUGAUCAUUCGUUCGCGAAUAUGAAAAAUCAAUCACGAGUAUUUGGAUCACUAACGUGAUUCAAAUCGUGGCAAUCUUGGACUGAGGGAAAUUAUCGGAGCGGGGUGAAUAUUGCAAAGUGAUCGAGGAAACUAAGCAAAAAUUGAUUUCUUGGAGCCUGAUGAUGGAAUUUGAAAAAAAUGAUUUUCCGUUGCAAAUUAAUCGAAUUCUUCAUGCUUCAGUAUGCAGAAUUUGUUGUGGUGAAAUACUCGAUUUCAAAAUGUCAAGUAGGCAAAGUCACGAACGCUGUUGUGGUUUCUUAAUUUUUUUCAUCUUUUACACGAUUCUACCUUUGGAUUCAUUUAAAUACGUUUUUUCUUCGUUUUCAACACAUUUUUUAAAAAGUUUUAUUGAAUUAGAAUGAAAAUUGAUUAUUUCAGCACGUUUCCAAAAUACUUUACGAGCCCGAAACACUUCAAUCACAAGAUUGAAACAGAAUUAAAGUAACUGUUCAUGCAAAAGGUGAUUAAGAUAAACACGAAAAAAGAAAACGCAUCGCUUCCUAAACGCAAGGUAGCCCUCGCACCUGCGUCUCGUUAAGUAUAAGUGUUUAUUAGAAAAUUUAAACCGUAAGAUAAAACUUCCAUGUAUUUUCGUCGGUGGCGAGAAACAGACACAAAAAUUAAGCCGAGAAGUGCAAAAAGAAAACGAAACGAUUCGUUGCAUUGACUGAUUGUACGAUGGUGUGUUAAGGUUUGUGAAUUUUUCAUGUUGCAGCAGCAUCUUAACACUGUGAAGGGUAGAAAGUUCGUUUCAUCAAAAUAAGAGCAUUUGCCACGUUCCAAAUGAAAAACUAUUGGCUAUGCCGUGAUCUACAUUCUCCUAGAAUCGUAGAGAAACUUAAAAAACCCCACGUCACUAAUUUUCGGUGAAGCUCUGAGAAAUAAAAUUUUUUUAUCGAACCAAAUGCGUUGGACAAUAUUUUGGUCGAUCCAAAAAUUUUUUCAUUGAAUCGUAAAUGAUUCAACUCAUGCGACUGAUACAUGAAACUUCUUUCGAACGCAACAAAUCGCCGAAACCAAAUGAUUCUUUCGAUCAACUCGUAUUUUUUAUUCGUUUACACUCGUAGUUGCUCCAACAAAUAUUGGUUUGAAUUUGAAUUAUCCAUUAGACUAAGCGGAUAUCGUAGGGACGACUUUUUUUUUGGAAUUUUGAAAAAAAAAAAAGUUUUCAGUGGGGUAAAUUGAUCAAAUAAAAAUGAAGAUUUAAUGAAAGACUCCGUGCUUUUUCAAAGACACGAAGUUUUAGACUAUGAAACAGUAUCAAUUAAAAAUUCAUUCAAUUAUCAGGCUAGAUUCUUGUAUGUCAAUUAAGCGGUAAUAUUAUCCACGCCGUGUUCUAUUACUGAGCUGAAUUUGAACUAUGUCACUAAAAAUUAGUGCCGAAUGGUUUUUGCGUUGCUCUACGGCAUGGUUGGAGACUGCGGACGAUCUGAUAUGCCUCAGGUAUUUUAUAGGGAGCUCAUUCAUUUUUCAUCAUUCCAUUUCAUUAAGAAAGAAUUGACCCUUUAUAUUAUUUAUCAAACAACCAGCGAUACGGUUUUCUUGAUUUUCGAAUGGCUUUUCAAAUUUUAUUGGAAUCCUUUGUUAUUCAUUCUUUCUUUUCGUACUCACAAAUGAUCAGGCUGAAUUGUAAAAUACGGUUGGACUAAGCUACUUAAAAAUUGUCUCAUCUAACGAUCAUUCCAUUUUUCAUAAAAUACCCCGUAUAUACAUCUAUUAUGUAUGUAACAAUAUAUAUAUAUAUAUACACAUAUAUAUAGUUCCUAAAUCGAAAAUAAUCGCCGUAACUAAGAGACGAGGCAUCGAAUUAAUUAGAAAAAUUAUUAUUCGAUCAUUUUUCAAAAAUUUUGUUAAUUAACAUUUCAAAGACUUUUUGACGAUUUAUUGAGGGUACGAUAAUGAAUUAUUUUGAUAAUCGAUUCCGCUUUUGCUGAAUCGUCCAGUAUUUAGAGUGGAAAAAACGAUUAUUGAAUCACGAAAACGGUCGGACAAUGAUUUUUUGUAUUCUUCGUUGUGUUCGUCUCUUCCGCGAAUCCAGUUCCGAGGUAAUAUUUUCAUCAGGCACAGACAUACACAUACACACAGCUCGCACACAUGAAGAUAAAAAUCGCUCGGAUUCUGUGAUAACUUAAGGGUAUAAAAUAGGGAAUAAAAAUAAGGAGGCUUGUCGAAACGAACGAUCACAAUCGUGUACGGAUAAUCAUAUACGUGUAUUUAUGUUUGGCCGAUGUACCAACGAUGUUAUAAAAUGAGCGAGCGUUUUAUAAUUACGACAAACUGCCAGAUUUGCCGGAAUUUAGCCACGCAACGAACAUCUUGACAUUCGUUUUAUUGAGAUCGAAUUCUUCGUCGUCCAGUUGAGUUUGGAAUAAUUUGAUAUCCAAUAACAUCGGCGUUGAUUGAACCGGUCGCUAAAUUAUUCGUCAUUCAAUUGGACGUGUUUUAUUUAAUUAGCUAAUGAAAAAUGGACAUGACAGCACAUCUGCACAUUCAGUAUUGGUUUUGAUUUAGCACAAAAAACGAUUUCACCAUGAUAAUAUUCGUGUUUUCGAUAAUAUUUCUUUGAUUCAAUAAAAAGCGAGCUCAAUAACGAUUAACGCACACGCAUUACGAAGAGCGAAGGGUGACAACGAAGAAAAUCAUAUUUUUGAAAAAAUCGUUUUAAUUGUCUAUUCUUUGUCGAAUGGUCGGUUAUUUAUUUUUUAUAACGUCCAUGAAAAAAAAGAAAACAUACACACGCACAAUUUUGUCUCGUUUGCAUAGCGUUAUUGAACGAUUCUUGCUGAGAUUACGAGAAACUGUGCAGAUUUUUUGAACGAAGAUUUGGUCAAAUGGCUGUUGUUUGUUGUAGCUAAAUAAAUGUGGAAAAAAUAAUACAAUUUCCUGAUGAACAAAGAUCGAUGACGAGAACUCGAUGAGAGAUUGUGCGCUCGCUUCUCUAGUCAUUUAACCCUCGAGGCAAUUAUAAUUUAUGUUCACUUACGCAGCAUCAAAAAGAAGAAAUUUUAUUUAUUCGAGCUGCUUGUUUAUAGCUGAUUCGAAGGUGUUUUGUUAUUGAAUUAUUGAAUGUUUAAUAAAACUUUGUUUAGGUUAAUUACGUCGAUUUAUUUAUUGAGGUGCACGGUGUUUUACCAAAAUAGCGUUAUUCAUAGCAAUUUACGAAGGAUUUGAAUACUUUUUUUCAUUCUGAAAGAACGAAGUUGCAGCUUCAUUGAACAACACAAGCGAUUAUUGAAUAUUUCUUAAGCUCGUUAAAUAUUUAUCGUAUUUAUACUUUCGAAAGAUGUUUGUCGAAUUGAAAGCUUUCCGUUUCAAGGAAUAUUUCGUUCCCUUCUAGUACAGGAUCUGGCUGCUGAUACUUAUAUUGAUAUGUCUUUUUAUCGGAAUAUCAUUUUAAUGAAGAAUUUCAUGUAAGUUGAGAUCCCAGAUGUGCUCAGCAAAAUUCUGACUCAAGAACUUUCCAUUUCAGUAUUUUUGGAUGAUUUUUUUUUGUAAUAUCUCAGAUUAUCUGUUAGCGGAAUGAAUCAGGCGCCACUCGCAACGAAGUGAGCUGAAAAAUUAUUAAAUUGAUGAAUAUGAAAACUCGCUCGAGCCAACGGAAGAGUAUAAUAAGAAAUUAUCGCGUGAGCAUUCCUACAAUGAAAAAUGGCCUUUCCUCAUGGAGAGCCAAAAUCCAAAACGAUUUAAAAAGGCCUCUCCAUCAUAAGAGUCAAUUUUGAUAUUGAUUAAAAUUAAUGUAUUACUGUAAAAUAAUUUUCUUCCUAACUUUACUAUCGAAGUCGAUUUCUACAGCAGAAAGAAUGCAAUUAUUCGACCAAAAUAUCCUGAACAACGAAUUGGUCGAAACCACUGAAAUCACGUCCCAUGGGGCUUCAUUGAUUUCGCCAACAAAUAAUCUUGGACAUUAAAAAAAAAAAAAAAAAAAAAAUCAAUCAAAAAUUUCUUGAGUAAAAUUACUUGCGUCAGAAUUUCCGAAGACAUACGCAGACACCAAUUGAAGACCUUCCACGGAGCCGAUAAGAUUAUUUUUCGUUGAAGUGGCAGGCGAAUGCAGCCGAAUCUUAUAGACUACAAAUUUGCGCAAUUUGAUAAAUUUACAUGCGUGAAUGAUUUUCAUUGUUUUGUACGAUUCGUGAGCAAACAAAACGAAUGCGAAGGGCACAGUGCUGGGGUUUGUGAGUGGUUUUACACGAUUGGUGCUGGCUUAUGGUGCAUAAUGAAUUUAAAUGGGAGGAUGAACGAAGAGAAAAAAAAAAAACAAACAAAAAAUAGAAAAAUAUGAACGGUAUCGAAGAUGUAAAAAAAAAGUCUAAUAAUUAGUCUAACAAUUAGUGGAUUCGAAUGAAAUUCUAAGUCGAUUUUAUAGAUACAGAUGAGACGAAAUGACGAAAAAAAGAAAAGAAAAAUAACGGUCGUACCGUCGGCAGCGUGGAAGACAAAAAUUCUCGUGCUGAUUCAACGAGUACUAAUAAACAGUAACGAGUAUGUCUACUCAUAUUCGAGAAUGAAUUAAUAAACGCGUCGUUAAUCUAGAUACUAGAUUGACAUUGUAAAUAUUAGCUUUAAAUCUUAACAAUAUAAAAGUGUAAUAAUGUUAUUAUACGAUCGUAAUUACAUGUAUAAUGUCGCAAGAAAGAACAAGAGAUCAGUGCUGCGAACAGCUAAACGUUCGCGGAGCAAAUAAAAUGAUGAAUUUAUAGAGAAA